GAAGAAGAAAAAAAAAAAGAUGUAUUCCUUCAAUAAUCCUAAUGGUAUAACUUACAACCCAAAUACCUCCAAAUACUCAGUCACCUUCGCCGGAAAAACAAUUGAAACUACCGUCACCGACAAAGGCGCCGUCGCAGAUGAAUGGGUACGUAACAUUCUUUCCAUACAUGGAAACACUCCCAUGGUUGUUGUUGGCCUAGACAUUGAAUGGAGACCCCAUGAAAUAAGUUGGAUGAGCAACAAAUCCGCAACGUUACAAUUAUGCAUCGAUGAAAAAUGUCUUAUUCUUCAACUUUUCUACGUUGAUCAAAUUCCUGAAUCUCUCAAGGAUUUUCUCAAUAGUACAAAUUUUACAUUUGUGGGAAUUGAAGUUGCUGAUGAUGUAAAAAAGCUGAAGAAUGAGUAUGGAUUGAAUUGUUGUAAGAUCGCUGAUAUUUGCGCGAUAGCGAAGCAGCGUUGGCCUGGGAGGUUUCGUCGACCAGGGCUGAAAGAUUUAGCUUUGGAAAUUGCUGGUUUGAAUAUGAAGAAGCCUAAGCAUGUGUGUAGGAGUAAUUGGGAGGCAAGGGAGUUGAGUAGUGACCAGGUUGAGUAUGCGUGCCUUGAUGCUUAUGCUUCUUAUAAGAUUGGCUACAAGCUUUUGCUUGAGUGAAGGUCUUUUUGGCAAUCAUGGAAUUGGAAUGCAUAAUAUUAUAGUAUUAGCUACUACUUAUUUUGGCAGUUACACUUUUAAUUAUUUUGCAGUAAUUAUUAAUGUCUUUUGUUGUACCUAGUGCUGGAGAUCGAUAGAUCUUAAUUUUGUUGUGAUGUUUUGAAUUAUCUAUAAUAUAUAAGUAGUACUCUUUUGGAUUUAUAAUAUAUUAGGGCUUGAA